AUGAACAAACAUAACAAUUACAUAGCUACAGUCCACGGCUACUUCUUCAGUCGCGUCAUUUCUAACGUCGCAUUGAACAAGCCAACUACCCAAUCAUCGACCUUAAAUGCUUCCUCUCUUGCUGUGGACGGAUUUGUCGACCCUCCAACCUGUAUGUCAACCUCAGGGACUGGCUAUCAGUGGUGGCAGGUUGAUCUUGGAGCAGUCUACACGAUUACGAACGUUUCGAUUCAGGGCAAUAUUGGUAAACACGACGGAUUGAGAAAUUUUACUGUAGAACUGUCCAAAACGAACACGUCUGACGUGAGAGGCUAUCUACUUAAUGCCAUUUUGUGCUACAACUUUACCCAGUUACAAGUUCCCGAGGAUCACAUCAUCACUUUGCCAUGUCCACGUGACACGAUCGGCCGCUUUCUAAGGAUCUCCAAAAUGGUAGAAAUCCUUGACGACACUUUGACCUUCUGUGAGGUUGUUGUUGAAGUGUCCAGGGAUGAAUGCAAUCUGGCCGACAUAGCAUUAAAUAAGCCGGCGACCCAGUCAUCUGUCGGAUGGGGAGGGGUCGCAGGACGGGCCGUGGACGGGAAUCUAAAUCCAGACUACCACGCAGCUAUGUCCUGUAUGCACACAAGCCUGACGGACGAUAAACCGUGGUGGCAAGUUGACUUAGGAGGUGUUUACAGUAUCAACCAUGUCUCGCUUCAGAAUAUAUUACGUAGUGGUAAGAAAGAGAAUUGA